GUUUUUUUUAAAAAAAAAUCUUUCUUUCACGUGACCUUCCUAGAAGGGGAGUCACGUGAUGUUUGGCUUCUCUGCUUGUUCUCGUACUCUUCUUCUUUUUCUUCUUCUUCCAGGACUGGUGACGGCUUCCGGGUCAGUCCAGGACGGGAGCCUAAAGCGCAAGUUACAUGGAUGUGUGAUGUUUCGCCUCUGAAAAAAAUGAAGGGCUGGCUGAAUUGAUUCUGCUAAGAGCCACAUCUGUUAACUUAUGGAGAGCUGAUGCUGAAACCAAAUUUCAAGAAGGGACCAUGGAUCAGCCUGCUGGGAGAAGCUUCAUGCAAGUUCUGUGCGAGAAAUACAGCCCAGAAAACUUUCCGUACCGACGUGGUCCUGGGAUGGGCGUUCAUGUCCCAGCGACCCCUCAGGGAUCACCUAUGAAAGAUCGCCUCAACCUCCCCAGUGUGCUGGUUUUGAACAGCUGCGGAAUAACGUGCGCCGGGGAUGAAAACGAGAUUGCCGCCUUCUGUGCUCAUGUGUCCGAACUCGAUCUCUCUGACAAUAAACUGGAAGAUUGGCAUGAGGUCAGUAAAAUUGUGUCAAACGUCCCUCACUUGGCGUUUCUCAACCUGAGCUCCAACCCGCUGAACUUGUCGGUUUUAGAGAGGGGAUGCGCCGGCUCAUUCUCCGGCGUCCGGAAACUUGUGCUCAACAACAGCAAAGCAUCCUGGGAAACAGUCCAUACAAUACUACAAGAAUUGCCAGACUUGGAGGAACUCUUCCUGUGCCUUAACGACUAUAAAACAGUGUCUUGUUCUCCGGUUUGCUGUCACUCUCUCAAGUUGCUCCACAUCACUGACAAUAAUCUCAAGGACUGGACUGAAAUCCGGAAGUUAGGCGUCAUGUUUCCAUCACUAGACACGUUGGUCUUGGCCAAUAACUACCUUACGACCAUCGAGGAUUCGGAAGAUGCCCUCGCAAGGCUGUUCCCAAAUUUGCGGUCCAUCAGCCUGCAUAAGUCAGGUCUGCAUUCCUGGGAAGACAUUGAGAAGCUCAAUUCAUUUCCUAGACUUGAAGAAGUGAGGUUGUUGGGAAUCCCUCUCCUUCAGCCGUACACCAACGAGGAGCGCAGGAAGCUGGUAAUAGCAAGGUUGCCAUCCAUCACCAAACUGAACGGGAGCGUCAUUGUGGAAGGAGAGCGGGAGGAUGCCGAAAGGUUUUUCAUUCGUUAUUACAUUGACUUUCCUCCAGAAGAAGCCCCUUUCAGGAUGAAUUAUCAGUCAUUCUUUAGAAGCUGGGUGGCCUUUUUCUUCAUCAUCCUAAGACAAAAAGCUCAGCCCAUGGCGAUUUUGUAUCCCUUCUGGCAGAACGACACCAAGACUCCCAAAGUGGACGACGGCAGCUCCUCGGAGAUCAAGCUCUCCUUCCCGUUCAUCUUCUUUGGCAUCCCAUACAGGACCAUUUUCGUCAACAACAACGGAGUGGUUUCCUUUAACGUAGUUGUCAGCCAGUUCACGCCCGAGUCUUUCCCUUUGGCCGACGGGAGGGCCUUCAUUGCCCCUUUUUGGGCCGACGUCCACAACGGCAUCCGGGGCGAAAUUUAUUACCGUGAGAGCACCGAUCCAGCCCUCCUCAAGAGGGUCUCCAAAGAUAUCCGCAAGUAUUUCAAGAACCUUCCUGCCUUCAGCGCCGUCUCGGUUUUCAUCUCUACGUGGGAGGAGGUCACGUUCUAUGGAGGCAGCAGCACGACCCCAGUGAACACUUUCCAAGCUCUUCUCAUCUCCGAUGGAACGUCCUCGUUUGCCAUGUUCAACUAUGAAGACAUCACCUGGACCACUGGGACGGCGAGUGGAGGAGACCCUCUUACUGGUCUUGGUGGCGUCAUGGCUCAGGCAGGCUUCAAUGGCGGAAACAGCACCAACUAUUUCAGCAUCCCUGGCUCCAGGACUGCUGACAUAGUCAACAUCGAAGACACGACCAACGUCAAUGUGCCAGGCCGAUGGGUAUUCAAAGUCGAUGGGAGAGAAAUCGACCCAGCGAAUGGAUGUAGUUUUAGAGGCCAGUUUCUCCGUCAAGGAGAGAUAUUCUGGGAAAAUGCAAACUGCUCCACCAAAUGCCGUUGCCUGGAUUUCAACAACGAGAUCUUCUGCCAAGAGGUUUCCUGCGGCCCUUAUGAAAUCUGCGAGCCAAAGGAUAAGUUCCACCAGUGUGUCCCAGUGGAAAGCAGCACUUGCGUGGUGUUUGGAGACCCCCACUACCACACUUUCGACGGUUUCCUCUUCCACUUCCAGGGUUCCUGCUCCUACCUUCUGGCCAGGCAAUGUUGGCCGGGGUCCAACCUGCCUUUCUUUAGUGUGGAAGCCAAGAAUGAGAAUCGAGGUGGUUCUUCGGUCUCCUGGCUGAAGGACAUCUCUGUGGAGGUUUAUUCACACAAGAUCAUCAUUCCCAAAGGCAGCUUUGGAAAGAUUAUGAUAGAUGACUUGGUCAUGUCUCUCCCUGUGGUCCUGGAACUCGGAGCAAUAAAAAUCUAUCAAAGCGGUUUGUCCACAGCUGUGGAAAGUGACUUUGGCCUCUUGGUGACCUACGAUGGAGACCAUUACGCGGCCAUUUCAGUCCCAGGUUCCUAUAUCAAUGCCACUUGUGGACUUUGUGGGAACUAUAAUAAGAACCCCGAGGAUGAUGCCUUGCGCUCAGAUGGGAAAAUGGCCACCUCUGUGCUGGACCUGGGAGAGAGCUGGCGUGUCUACCACCCCGAAUGGAAGUGCUCCCCUGGUUGCUUGGACAACUGCAGUCUCUGUGACGGGGCUAUGGAGUCCCUUUACUUUGGCCCCGACCAUUGUGGCUUCAUCAACAAAACCAGGGGGCCCCUAUGGGAAUGUGGUGCCAUCGUGGACCCCACGGCAUUCGUCCACAGCUGUGUCUAUGACCUAUGCAGCAUCCGAGACAACGGCACAGGAGGACUAUGCCAAGCCAUCCAAGCCUAUGCCUUGGUUUGUCAAGCCCUGGGGAUUCCCAUUGGAGAGUGGCGAGUACAGGCAGGAUGUACAACCGCCGUGCAGUGCCGAGAGUUCAGCCACUACUCCGUCUGCACUAGCAGCUGCCCAGCCUCCUGCUCCGACCUCACGGCUCCCCUGGCCUGUGCCUCACCCUGCACUGAAGGCUGUGAGUGCAAUGAGGGUUAUGUCCUCAGCAUGGAUCUCUGCGUCCCAAUCCACCAGUGCGGCUGUGAUGUGGACGGCCGAUACCAUGCCAUUGGUGAAUCGUUUUGGGCUUCCAUAGACUGUGUGGUGCAGUGCUGGUGUGAGGAUGGAGGCGACAUCGCUUGCUUCAAUUCCACUUGUGAGGAAGGGGAAGUCUGUGCAGUAGAGAAUGGCUACCAAGGCUGCUAUCCUAAGCGGGAGACAUCGUGCUUGGUCACUCAGGACCACGUGCUGCAGACCUUCGACGGUGCUGUCUUCGCCUACCCACCAGACAGUUCUUACACACUGAUCAAGACCUGCCCAGACAGACCCAACUAUCUGGAAGUGGACAUCAGCAAGAAGAAGCCAGAAGUCAGCCCAGAUUGGCUUCGGACCCUGAGGAUCCAAGUUGCCAACCAGGAGGUCAAGAUAGGAGGCAUAGACAACUCAGAAAUCAAGGUAAAUGGAUAUGAAACAGAGCUGCCAUAUUUCCACCCUUCGGGCCAACUGGAAAUCUACCGGAGCAAAAAUGGGACUGUUGUUGAAUCAGAAGGACUCAUACAUAUCCAGUACUUUGACUCUGGCUUGUUGGAGGUUCGCCUUUCCACCAUGUACUUCAACUGUACCAGGGGUCUCUGUGGCUACUUCAAUGGAAACAGCAGUGAUGAAUUUUGCUUCCCCAAUGGGAAAUGCACAGACAGCCUGGUGGUUUUCCUGGAGAGCUGGACCACCUUCAACGAGAUUUGCAAUGGAGAAUGCGGUGACCUGCUCAAGGCCUGCAACAAUGACUCGGAGCUCCUGAAGUACUACCGGAGCCGCUCCAAGUGCGGCGUCAUCAACGACCCCUCCAACAGCUCUUUCCUGGAGUGUCAUUCAGUGGUGAACGUGUCCGCCUACUACCGGACCUGCCUCUUCCGCUUGUGCCAAAGUGGAGGCAAUGAGUCAGAGCUUUGUGACUCGGUAGCCCGCUAUGCAAGCGCCUGUAAGAAUGCAGAGGUGGACAUCGGCCAGUGGAGAAGCUUCAACUUCUGUCCUCUCACCUGCCCUGAGAACAGCCAUUUUGAGGAGUGUAUGACCUGCUCUGAGUCCUGUGAAAACCUGAAUACAGGACCAGUGUGUCUGGACAGUUGCACAGAGGGUUGCCAAUGUGAUGAAGGCUUUGCUUUCCGGGGUACUAGGUGUAUUCCCAAAAGCGAAUGCGGCUGCAGCUUUGAGGGGCAUCAGCUUGCCACCAAUCAAUCCUUCUGGAUGGAUAUUGACUGCCAAUAUUUCUGCUACUGCAACGGAUCUGACAAUAGCGUCCGCUGCGAAAACCUCCCCUGCAAAGAGGAUGAGUACUGUCUGGAGGAGAGUGGACUCUACUCCUGCCAUCCACGGACUGACGCCUCGUGCAUUGUCUCUGGCUAUGGCCAUUACUUGACCUUCGAUGGCUUUGCAUUUGAUUUCCAGAGCAGCUGCCCUGUGGUCCUUUGCACCACAAUCAAUAGGCAGAGGUCCGAGAGGCCGGACAUAUUUCCAGAGUUUACGGUCACGGCCAAGAGUGAGGAUCGGGAUCCUUCCUUGGCCUUGUGGGUGAAGCAGGUGGAGGUGGAGGUCUUCAAUUACUACAUCGUCAUCCAUCGAGCCUACAAACACACGGUGCUAAUCAACAACGAAAGGCUUUAUUUGCCUUUGAAGCUGGGUCAAGGGAAAGUGAACAUAUUUACCUUUGGCUUCCAUAUUGUCAUUGAGACUGACUUUGGGCUGAAGGUUGUCUAUGACUGGCGGACCUUCCUCUCAGUCACGGUUCCUCGAAGUUUCCAGAACAACACAUACGGCCUCUGUGGACAAUACAACGACAUCCCUGAGGAUGACCUCCAGACCUCUGGAGGCCUCACUGUCUCCAGCAUCAAUGAGUUUGGCCACAGCUGGGCCAAACGGGACCCCUUCUGCCAGGUGGGCUGUGGGGACAGGUGUCCGGCCUGUCGCAAGGUAGAAGGUUUCUGGAAGCCUCAGCAGCUGUGCAGUUUGAUCCCUAGCAAGAGUGGGGUCUUCUCCAGGUGCCACAGCAAGGUCAACCCCACCUUCUUCUAUAAGAACUGCCUGUUUGACACCUGCAUCGAUGGUGGAGCUGUGCAGACUGCUUGCAGUUGGCUGCAGAAUUACGCCAGUACUUGCCAGACCCAAGGGAUCGCCAUCACUGGCUGGAGAAACUACACAUUGUGCGCGGUCACCUGCCCUCCUAACAGCCACUACGAGAACUGCGUGAGCGUCUGCCAACCCCGUUGUGCUGCCAUCCGGUUGAAAAGCGACUGCAACCAUUACUGUGUGGAAGGCUGCCAGUGCGACCCAGGCUACGUCCUCAAUGGCAAGAGCUGCAUUCUUCCACAUAACUGUGGAUGCUACUCUGAUGGCAAAUAUUAUGAGCCCAAGCAGCUCUUCUGGAACAGUGACUGCACCCGCCGCUGCCGCUGUUUCCGCCGCAAUCUCAUCCAGUGCGAUCCACGGCAAUGCAAAUCGGAUGAGGAGUGUGCCCUACGGAAUGGGGUCCGUGGCUGUUUCAGCAUGAAGAGCUCCUAUUGCAUCGCGGCUGGAGGAGGAGUCUUUCGCACCUUUGAUGGAGCCUUCCUCCGCUUCCCAGCCAACUGCGCUUUUGUCCUCUCCACCAUCUGCCAGAAACUCCCUGACGUCUCAUUCCAGCUCAUCAUCAAUUUUGAUAAGUGGUCUUCCCCCAAUCUGACUGUCAUCUCACCUGUUUAUUUCUAUAUUAACGAGGAGCAAAUUCUCAUCAGUGAUCGUUAUACUGUCAAGGUAAAUGGGACUCAAGUCAAUGUCCCCUUUGUGACCGGCUUGUCCACCAAAAUCUACAGCAUGGAGGGAUUCCUGGUUAUUGACACAAGCCCAGAUAUUCAGAUCCACUACAAUGGCUUCAACGUUAUCAAAAUCGCCAUCAGUGAGCGGCUGCAAAACAAGGUCUGCGGCCUCUGUGGGAACUUCAAUGGGGACCGCACAGAUGACUAUUUCACUCUGCGAGGGAAGCCAGUUGUGAGCAGUGUGUUUCUGGCACAGAGCUGGAAGACAAAUGGCAUGCAGAAAAGCUGCAACGAGCUCCAGUAUGCCCAGUACGCAGCUACUUGUGACAACGUGCAGAUCCAGGUUCUUCAGAGCGACAGCUACUGCCUCAAAUUGACUGACAUGAAAGGUUUCUUCCAACCUUGCUAUGGGCUGUUAGACCCACUGCCCUUCUAUGACUCUUGCUUCCUGGAUGGCUGCUACAACCAGAAGAAAUACCAGCUCUGUGGUUCUCUGGCAGCUUAUGGGGAAGCCUGCCGUUCCUUUGGGAUCCUCAGCACUGAAUGGAUCGAGAAGGAGAAUUGCUCAGGAGUGGUGGAAGAUCCUUGUGUGGGGGCGGACUGUCCCAACAGAACAUGUGAGGUGGAUAACGGAGGAGAGCUCUGCGGAUGCAUUGAACCUCCUCCCUAUGGAAACAACACACAUGACAUCCUGGAUGCUGAGGUGACCUGCAAAGCUGCACAGAUAGAGGUGUCAAUCUCAAAGUGCAAGCUGUUCCAGCUGGGCUUCGAAAGAGAAGGAGUGCGCAUCAAUGACCGCCACUGUCCUGGCAUCGAAGGCGAAGAUUUCAUCUCCUUCCAGAUCAAUAACACCAAGGGCAAUUGUGGAAACAUUGUACAGUCCAACAGCACCCAUAUCAUGUACAAAAACACAGUCUGGAUUGAAAGUGCAAACAACACGGGCAACAUAAUCACUCGGGACCGAACCAUCAAUGUUGAAUUCUCCUGCACUUAUGAGCUUGACAUAAAAAUUUCUUUGGAUUCUGUGGUGAGGCCCAUGCUCAGUGUAAUUAAUCUGACAGUGCCUACUCAGGAAGGCAGUUUCACAACCAAGAUGGCACUGUACAAAAACUCUUCCUACAAGCAUCCCUAUCGACAAGGAGAAGUGGUGUUAACCACCCGUGAUAUCCUCUAUGUUGGUGUUUUUGUCCUCGGGGCAGAUUCCACACACCUCAUCUUGAUGCUGAACAAAUGUUAUGCCACACCUUCUAGGGAUAGCAAUGACAAACUCAGAUACUUCAUCAUUGAAGAAGGAUGCCAGAAUAUAAAGGACAACACCAUUGGGAUCGAAGAGAAUGGUGUUUCUUUAACCUGCCGCUUUCAUGUCACCGUUUUCAAGUUCAUUGGAGAUUACGAUGAAGUUCAUCUCCACUGUGCUGUUUCGCUCUGUGACUCAGAAAGACACUCAUGCAAAAUAACUUGUCCUCAGAACAACCGGAGGGCCAGUGACUUCUCAAAAGAGCUCAAUGAGCAGAUCAUCUCUGUGGGGCCAAUCAGGAGAAAGCGUCUGGACUGGUGUGAAGACAAUGGAGGCUGUGAGCAGAUUUGCACAAGCCAAGUGGAUGGGCCGCUGUGUAGUUGUGUGACGGGGACCUUGCAAGAAGAUGGCAAGAGCUGCAGAGCAAUAAACGCUUCAACUGGACUUCAAGCCAGGCCGCUUCAACUUAUUGUCGCCCAGCUUUUGUUAUGGUAUAUUCUAUACAAAUCAAACCCCACCUCAUAAUUCCCUCACGGCUUUCUAUUUAAAGUACUGUAAUUUACUCUAACCCUUCUAAGUCCCUGUAGUACAACACGUUCAACCCUACAACCCACUCUGUUGUAAUCAUGGCCAUCUAUGACAACAGUUUUGUCUGUUGCUGCACUGGAGUUGUUGACCUGUGUUAAAUUGUCUUAAUAAAACUCUAAAAAGUCAACAGGGCACCAAACUCUCCGAAACCGUCAGGGAUGUGACCAACAUGAUGCGUAGCAAAUACUUGAUAGUGUUUCUUCCCGUUGGGUAUUCUCCCUUUGCGCUUGUUUUUAGUGGCGUUUCCAUUCUCUUGAUGUUUAAAUGGUUGAAGAAUUUUUCAGUUGUUUGCUUAUUUGAUGUUGGAAGGGGGGGAAAUAAGAAUGUAUGACGGGUUUUCUUAUUAAUUCUGGAUCUGAAACAUAAAAACCAUUCCUGCUUUGAAGGCCUUUCAUCUUUGAGAUUUAGGUUUGGCUCUAUCCAUGACUAUUGCUUUCCAAAUGACUCAUUCCUUCUUAGAAGUUUUGCAGUCACACCACAGAAAUAAAAGGAUCUUUAGCUGGAGAAAUGCCCCAUAGAGCACAUGACAUGGGAAGCCAUUGAGCUGUAUUACAGCUGCCAUUGAGGCCCUUCACAAGUGCGACGAUUUGUGAGUUUUGAGACAACCUACUUCAUCUUGAUAGGUUUGACUAAAGGUUUGACUUUAGGAUUAUAAAUUGAGCAAUGCUCCUACUGUCCUGUAAAGUUUCUGUUUCAGAAGUCUUCUGGAAACACAUUUGUGUAUGUUCAGAACUGAAGAACUGCUUUAGAUACAACCUAUCACACAGCUUUGACACACUGUGGGCACAAUCCACACCACAGGUUAAUGUUGGUUUAAUAGAGGUUUCCUCUGGGUCAUCCUAUCAGGAGAACAUUUUUGAUUAUCUCUAUAAUGAAAUUUUUGAUGAUCUUCCAUUCCUAGGAUUCUUUCACUAUGGACUCAACAAUGGGUGAGAUUCUAGAUCAGUGUUUCCCAACCUUUGGUCCUUCAGAUAUUUUGGACUUCAAUUCCCAGAAAUCCCAGACAGCUUAUCAACUGUUAGGAAUGGUGGGUGCUGAAGUCCAAAACACCUGAAAGACCAAAAGUUGGGAACCACUGUCCUAGAGGACAAAGAAUAAAGCUGCACCAAACAUAAUUCCACUCUUCCUUGUGCUGUUCACAUACUGUUCUAUCACAUGACACUGUCGCUCCAAAACAAGAUAGUACCUUAGCUUUGAAACAAAGAAUAGUGUAGGGUAUUAUGGCGGAUGGAGGUGCUGAAUACUUCAAUUAUUCACAGUGACUGUCCUUAUCAUGCUACCUUGUUAAGGAGCUCUGUUCCGCUUUAACUACCAUGGCAACUUCCUGUGGAAUUUUGGAUUUUGUAGUUUAGUGAAGCACAAGAGCUCUCUGACCAAGAAUUCCAAAUUCCUUAAAUUGCAAAUCCCUGAAUUUCAUAGGAUAUUGCUAUGACAGUCAAAUUGCUCUAACAGUGUGCAUGGGGGAUCCAUUGCCAACUGGGCUGUAUGUAAAAUUGCAGAUAUCACCGAACACCAUUAGAUUAACUCAGUUCCAGCAUAAGACAGAGUUGCAUUGGCAGACUUAGAGAUUCUUCCUAAAGAGUCUAUUCCUAAAGAGUCCAUUAUUCCCAUGGACAUGGAUAAGUGAAAUGUGGAUUCCACAAUUACGGAGAUUGCACUGUAAUAUGAAAAGUCCCUGAAAAAAGGAUGUGCAUGGGAUAAUUUGUAAUUAUGCCUGCUACCAUCCGGAUUGCAGCAAAUAUGUUUCUACUGAAGAUAGGGUCUAUCUUAUAAUUCCUGCUGCCUUAAUUGUACUCACACAUUGCCCUUGAACUCGGAAAAUAGCUGACAAAGAAGCUCUGGACAGUUGGGAUAUCUUAUUCUUCCUUUUGAUUCAAUUCUGUCAAGCCCUUUUAUGAUACAUGCAGCCAAAUAAUUUAAACAUGGUUCAUUCUUAAAUAAAACAU